AUGUCGAAGACUGAUGCUGUUGGUCAUGAUAUUGCCUAUUUUGAAUGUGGCGAAGGGUUCUCAAAAGAAUGUGAUAUCGAAGAGUUAGCUGCACAUUGUAAUGCUAAUCCGGUAUGUCAAGGAUUUAAUACAAAUGGUUUGUUAAAGUCGUGCACAGCCGGUUGUGAUGCUGGUUGUUGUUACGACGUAACACACAAUGUCGAUUUGUACAUCCGAAAAGGAUAUUUACCACCUGAAGAUUGGCAAGAUGGUGUCAAUAGCGGAAAGAUUCUCUAUGCAAAUCCUGAACCUCAUUUCUGUUUUCUACCAGAAAUUGGCAAUGGAUAUAUUGCUACAGGAGCAAUGUCGGCAGCUCUGUUCCAAAGUGGUCUGUUCACUGGCAAAUGUGGAAAUAUUGGAAAAGCGAGAGUUCCGUCGCCGAUCGGAGGUUCAAUUAUGUCAGGAGAGUUAAUUGCUAGUGGUCUUCAUAUGGAUAAAGCAGUCUUUGCACGGCGCUACCAGAUAAAUGAUGCUACUGUUGAACAUCGAGUUUUUAUCAGUCGAAAUAUAAAAGGUGUUAUGGUUCUUGAAUUUUCGCUUCUUUCACCGACAUCAACAGCUGUACCCUUCAUAUUUUCUUCAACAUUCGAUCCACUUAAUCAAACACAUAAUCCUGAAACCGCUUGCACAGGCGGUGGUGGUGUUGAAGUUGAUAUUAAAUUUACAUUCAAUUCAAAUCUCUCGACAUCAUCGAUGAGCGUAUAUGAAGGUGUUCUUUUAAGCCAAGAUGAUUAUGAUCGAUAUGUUUACGUUACUGUUUGUACUCAACAGCCAGAUGAAACAUUAACCCUUUCUUCAUCAGUACCAGUUCUACGUUAUAUUUCCACUUUAGCUAGUAGUAUUGACUUUGGUACUGCUCCAAUCGAACAAAAAACAGUUACAUUAGAAGCAAUCAAUCGUUUUGACGAAGCAUGGACUAAACGAAAUGAACUCUUCGAUGAACAUGUUCAAGCUUGGCAAAAUCUCUGGGAAUCUGGUAUUGAUAUCGAACCUAUUGAGACAGAACCAUUCGUAUUACCAAGAAGACUCUUGGAUACAAACAGGGAUGGGCAAAAUGAUACAAUUAUAACAACAUUUUCUCGAGCACUUGAUAUCGCUCAACAUGUAAAUACUUCUCUUUAUUACUUACUAUGUAGUACAAGAGAUGAUUGGCCAUAUGGUAUUAGUCCGGGUGGAUUAGCUUCUCAAUCCUAUUCCGGUGUAAUAUUUAUGGACAUGGACUGGUAUAUGAUGCCUGCACUUUUACCAUUCUAUCCAUCGAUUGCUGCUAAUAUUCUUCGUUAUCGAUACAAUAGUUUAUCAGAAUCGAAUAAAAUUGCACAGGUCUUCGGUUACAAAGGAGCCAUGUUCGCUUGGACUGCAUCAUACUUUGGUCGACCGCAGGGUUGUUGCGAUGGAAAAGGUGGCUGGGAAAAUUGCAUCGAACAGCAUGUGACAGGCGAUGUCUCUGUGGCAGUAAGAACAUAUUAUUAUGCGACACGUGAUCGUGUUUGGCUGCAAAAUGUUGGCUGGCCACUUCUUCGUGAUAUUGCUCGAUUUUGGUCCAGCCGAACAGAUAAAUCAAAUAACGAAACUUAUUCAAUCAAUGGCAUAAUGCCCGUUGACGAAUGGUGUGAUAAUACGGAAUCAAAAUGUGGUGAUAUCGGUAUCAAUAAUGCUAUUCAAACGAAUGCAGUCGCUGUAGUGUCUUUACUGUAUGCCACGGAAGUAGGAAAUAUGUUUGGAUUCGAUGUUGAUCCGGAAUGGGCUAUAACAGCAAACAAGCUGAAAAUAAAUUUCAAUGCAACAACUCAAACACAUAUCCAAUGGGACAACGCCACAUUGGCGAUAUUACCGAACCAUUACAUUUGUCCGGAAGAUGUUCUAUAUCUAACGUACCCAAUGAAUUUUAACAUCACUCCGGAAAUCAUGCGAAACGAUGCUGAAACGUACAUUCCUAUAACAUGUCAAGAAAAUGCUGGUAUGACAGGUCCGAUUCAUGCGAUCGUGUGGCUUAUGUUGAAUGAAACAUGGAAAGCUGAGGGUGAAUUUAAUCGAUCUUUACAAGCAUGUACCUAUGGAGAAUUUCAUGUUCGAAAUGAGGUGGAUAUUCAUCCUGACAUCAUUGGCGGACAUGAAUUCAACACUCAUUUUCUCACUGGUGAUGGUGGAUUUAUUCAAUCAGUUAUGAUGGGCUAUGCUGGUCUUCGUUUUGAUGAGAAAGGCCUCUUGUUUAAUCCUUUACCCAAUGUCCUAACCCCAUCAACAAAAACGAUUCGUUUACGAAAUCUUCUUGUUCACGGAACGUAUCCAUUCGAUUAUACUCUUGAUCGUUCAUCUAUGUCUUUUAUCACAUCCAGUAGUUAUCAAAAUCUACUUUGUGUUAGUGAUAACCUUCACAGCCAAUGGAGAAUUACUAGUGAACAAUUAAAACUCGAUUUUGCCGAUAUUCAAUUGCCAAUUCGUGUAGAUUUAUGUGUUUAA